GUGUCUGAAAUGACUUGACAGGACAAGGUUUAUUUUAGGCUGCACUUCGUCACUCAAUCAUCAGAUACAUUUUAUCACGUACAGUUGCAUGUAUAAUUAUAUUUGCACAUUUAAUUGUAAUACCCGGGUCAACUGUCAACUGUGAUUAAGUCAUUUGCUGAUCUAGUGCAGUAUAUUUAGCCUCCAAUGGCAUCAUAAUCAAUUUGCACGAAUUGGAGUUUUUGAAUUCAAGGAUUCCUGUACAAUAGAUGCCAGCUUUUGCCACUAAUGGUACCCGAGAGAGAGAGAGAGAGAGAGAGAGAGAGAGAGAGAGAGAGAGAGAGAGAGAGAGAGGUUAGGAGCUCCAGAUGGUGUUUAAACGCAGACAGAAGGCUACUGCGAGGACAGAGAGGGAGGAGGAGGAGAGAGCCGCGGUUACUGCGCACAGUGGGCCCGCCAGCUCCACUCAUCAGCGAAGAUAAAAGUCCGAAAAAGCCAAAUCGCGAAUCCGCGGAAACCAAACUCACCCCUUCUGGUAAAAGCAGCUGAUUGUGAUUUUUCCUCGGGAGAAGUGAGUCUUUUCCAGCACCAUCCGAAGACGGCUCAGCGGACGACCGUGGGAGGAGAGGGGGAAACGCGGCGGCGGAGUCGCCUCGGCGUCAACCGCGGUUCGAAGAUAUUAACGGAGCCCAGCCGGUGCCGUCGGAUGUUUGAGGACUUGACCCCGACACCGCGGACUGAGCCCAAACUGUGUUUUUAAACUUGUCACAGCGGGAUAAUAACAGAGAAACAGACGCGCCCUGCAGACGAGAAGAUCCGCAUCUCAAGCGUUAGUUGCACGAGAGACGCGAGGAUCUGUGGACUUAAAGCGAAGAAGAAAGCAGGUUGAUAGUUCUGUCCACUCAUAACAAAAAGAAACAGAAAGUGCGUUUUUGGUUUGCAGUUCGAAUCGUAUUGUUCCAUUUCUGGUUCCUUUCCUGGAUGGUCAGAAUGAGCACGAAGGCGAGUCGAUGACUGCGAGAAGUUCUGAUUUUUCCCCGUUGUCCUCAACGCGAGAAGCUGUUCGCUCAAGAAAAACACACACGUCCUGCGAAACCAAAGACAUCAGUGUCGUUAAGGAUCCAAUUGUUUCUUCCGUUUAGGCGAAAAGAGAAAUACCUCAUCAUUCAUUAACCCUGGAUCAUCAACACCGCUUGAGCUCCCAAAGGAAACUUAAAGCUUUUUUUCUUUUGUGUUAGACGUCGGCUCCUGUCGCUCCUUCUUCCCAGUACUUGAAAAACAAAAAGAAGGAAUAACACCUGAACUGUGCGCACUAUCCAGCACAGGCUUCGGACCAGUCCCUGUUUCCAAAUAAUGCGGAUUGAGACGAUAUAAAAGCUGUUUUAGAAACCGUUUGGUGUGGAUUAUCACCGCUACAAUUACCUCAGCUUGACCUCGACCUUCACAAAAUAGCAGAGUGCAGAAGGCUGGAACGAUGCCCGAUUCACCUGCGGAUGUGAAAACCCAGCCCAGGUCCACCCCACCCACUAUGCCUCCUCCGCCCCCGGCUGUCAGCCAAGCAGCCAAUCGCAACGCUUCCUUCACGCCUACCACCAGUAAAUCAAUGCUGAAUGGGAGCAGUCACUCCCCGACGUCGCUCAACGGUGCUCCGUCCACGCCCAACGGCUUCAGCAACGGGCCGGCCAUGUCCUCCACGGCGUCGCUGUCCAACCAGCAGCUCCCGCCGGCCUGCGGCGCCCGGCAGCUGUGCAAGCUGAAGCGCUUCCUGACCACGCUGCAGCAGUUCGGCAACGACAUAUCGCCCGAGAUCGGGGAGCGGGUGCGCAGCCUGGUGCUGGGGCUGGUGAACUCUACGCUCACGAUUGAGGAGUUUCACUCGAAACUUCACGAGGCCACAAACUUCCCCCUGAGGCCGUUUGUCAUCCCCUUCCUGAAGGCGAACCUGCCCCUGCUGCAGAGGGAGCUGCUGCACUGUGCCAGGCUGGCCAAGCAGACCCCGGCCCAGUACCUGGCCCAACACGAGCAGCUGCUGCUGGACGCCAACGCCAGCUCGCCCCUCGACGCCUCCGCCGAGAUCAUGCUGGAGAUCAACGAGCACGGCAAGAGACGGACCCCUGACAGGACCAAAGACACUUCGGAGAGGGACGGCCUGCACACGGAGCAUCUAGCCAAGAGGCCCUGCACCAUCAGCCCCAGCCAGCGCUUCAGCCCCAGCACGGGCCUGCCCGCUCACCCGCCACCCAACGGCCUCCCCACACACCCCCCCAACGGUCUGCCCCACCCGCCCAGCCCCCAAGUAGGACCCCAGCACUAUCGCUUAGAAGAUAUGGCCCUGGCACACCAAUACAGAGACGCUUACAGACAUAACGAACACCGCGAUGCCCGAGACAGACACCGGCCGACAGCCGUGCACGGAAGCCGCCAGGAGGAGGUGAUCGACCACCGCCUCACAGAUCGGGAGUGGGCAGAGGAGUGGAAGCACCUCGAUAACCUCCUAAACUGCAUCAUGGACAUGGUGGAGAAGACGCGGCGCUCUCUGACCGUGCUCCGCCGCUGCCAGGAGGCCGACCGGGAGGAGAUGAACCACUGGAUCCGGCGUUACAGCGACGUGGAGGAGAUGAAAAAAGGUGGGAGCAACGGACAGCACUGCCUUCCUCCUCCUCCUCCUCUUCCACCUCCUCCUACUCCUCACAACUCCUCCUCCAACACAGCUAGCAGCAGCAGCAGCAGCAGCGAGUCGCUGCCCGUAGGAGCUCCCUCGGCUGCUGAGAGGCAGACAGGCAGACAGACAGAGAUCCACCGAGACUUCUUACACCGGCCGCCCUCGGGAUACCUCCCAGAAGAAAUCUGGAGGAAAGCCGGUACCACGAGCAUCCCGCUCUCCCCAGCACUAAAGCACCUCCAAAACAAGCAGGAGGAGGCGGUGAACGAGGUGAAGCGACAGGCCAUGUCGGAGCUGCAGAAGGCCGUGUCGGACGCCGAGAGGAAGGCUCACGAGAUGAUCUCGGCCGAACGCACAAAGAUGGAGCGGGCGCUGGCGGAGGCCAAGAGGCAGGCGUCCGAGGACGCGCUGACCGUCAUCAACCAGCAGGAGGACUCCAGCGAAAGCUGCUGGAACUGCGGGAGAAAAGCCAGUGAGACGUGCAGCGGCUGCAACACGGCUCGCUACUGCGGCUCCUUCUGCCAACACAAAGACUGGGAGAAGCACCACCACGUGUGCGGCCAGGGCCUGCAGGGGCUGCCGGGCGGCAGCAGCGUGCCCCUGGGCACCCCCUCCUCCUCCUCGGCCUCCUCCGGCGCGCCCCCCGCCCACCCGGAGGGCACGCCCCCGGGACCCCUGUCCCUGGCGGGCCAAGGCGGGCUGGGGGGGGGGGCCGGCAGCGGCGGAAGCGUGUCGGCCAGCCCCAAGGAGAGCAGCUCCAGCAGUGCCUCGCGCUCCACCACCCCGGCGACCCCCGCCCUGUUGGACGCCACCUCCCGCUGACGCCCGGCCCGUCCUCCCACCGCGGAUGCGACGGUGCCCACACUCCACACAAAACCAAACUGAGGAAUCUUCGUUGCACACUGCCCCCCCCCACAUCAGUGUUUAUUUCCCAUGUAUCCUAAGCCCUUCUGAAAGCCCUCUCACCACCUGAGGACAGACUCACCCCUCUCCCCCCAAACAUGUUUUUUCCAGCCUUUGUCUUUGUCACAGUCGCAUUCAAAGAUUCCAGCCUGGGGUUCGGUGCAGCGUAAAGCAUGAAUAUUGCAGCGUCUACUAUCUCUGUGAUAGAAACAUAUCAGAUGUGUUUGCUGAGAACGUGAGCUUUGACUUGAAGAUGCCCUCAGAAAUGUUAGCAUGGUAAACACUGUUCAUGUACGGACAGAAGACAACACUGAAAGGGGGGGGGGGUGACUUGGCCAAUUAGCACUUGGAUCAGAUUUCCCUUUAAUUUAGAACCAAUGAACCAACAGCACCCAGCCCCGAGAUGUGCACUACCAGUCCAAACGCUUCACUGAUGUGGCACUUUGUAGUGUCCUGGCGAGGGACGUAAUUACUUUUUGUCAAGAAAAAAAAGUACGAGGGAAGGAGAAAAACCUGUGAUGCAAUUCAUUUCUCAGACACAGCUUAGUAUUUAUUAAAUGUUUCUUUCUGGCUUUAAGGGGAAAUUAAGAAAAGUCCAAAUAUUCAAAAAAGGGAAUAGCGAUGAUGACGAUGCUAAUGAUGAUGAUAACCAUAAUAAGAAGAAAAUUAAUGAAUUUUAAACUGCUAACUACCUUGCUAGCGAGCCAAGAAAAUCUACACCGGACUCACCUCUCUUACACCAUUGUGAACCCAAAUGAUUUCAAAGAUGAAGAAGAACGUGAUCCAAACCUUUGUAUUACACUGCCAAAGUGAGUAAGUAAGCGAUAAGGAGCAGCACUCAUAACCAAACGCAAAGCAACAUCACCUCCUCAGCAGAUAAGCCAGCCCUGAGAGCCCCGGGCUGCAGAGGAGCCCACGUGACCCCACGGCGUCCGCCUGCAGCCCGGAAAUCACCCGCAGCGAUGCCACAGCGGAGGCCCAGACUAGUGAACGUGGACAAAGCUGUGAACUCGCCUAGCAGAGAGAAGGACUAGGGUUUCUGUCAGCAGAGGAUCAGACGAAAGGAACUCCACGGCCUCAAAGGACACGUCCAUGACGCGAACAGUCGAUGGCAGUGGAAAUGCCAAAAACCUCAAAACUAGCUUGAAAACAUUUUCCAAGCAGACGAUGCAGAAUAUGGAAAAUGUUUGGGGAGAUUGUUUUUUUUUUAGACGCUCCGCCAAAAGGAGACACUUCAAGGGAUUGCUGUUACCUUUACAUUCACUCCUCCCUCCGUUUCCAAAGCAUGAACGGACGAACGAGCCCGGCGAAGGACGGUGUCGACCCGGUUCUCCUCUCUCUGUCUACCUCCCCUCACCCGCGCCUCCUUCGUGGCUCUACUUGACUCGAGCGAGGCCCGUCUCCCCCGUCUGCUUUGCACAGAGCAGUCACCGAGGGAAGGGUUCCAACCUGUACAUAUUGUUUUGGCUUUUCAUUUUUCAAUAACGUCUCCUGUCGCUGAUGUCCACAUGUGCUGCCCCUGUGUGUACCCGGAACGAUGGACUUUUGUUUCGACUUUUGCUUUUUCUCCUUUGGGUUUGGGCCGAACAGGGAAGUCACUUAUUUGCGAGAGGACGCCCCACAUCGUACUUAUGGUUUGCUUUGUUGUAUCUAUAUUAAUGAGAUAAAACCCCUCUUGUAGAAUAUUUUGUAUUGCUCGCAUUGUAAGACAGUGAGAGGACGGAGGUGCAAUAUGAAGAGAAUUCAGCUACUGAAUGGAACCUCAGCAACUGCCCAUAGGGUGUCAUAUAAUAUAGAUACAUAUAAAUAUAUUUAAAGUAACAUCAGUAACUUAAUGUGAAUGUACAUAGUAUUUAAAGAGGUCCAAAAAUGUGUUUGCCAAAUAACAGAAACCUUUAAAGUUUAAUGUCCAGAAUAUGAUUUUCUCACAGUACAUCUGUUUUCUCCAAGUUAUUCGUUUCUUUCUUCUCUCAGACAAGUUAAACACUGUCAAUUGUCCCUCGAAUCAAAGUGUCAUCUGGCUCUGAGUGGAAGAGACUGUUCGUAACGGAGGUAAACUGGCCUGAGUGCAGGUGCUGUAGCUGAAAAGUGAUGAAAGCUGAUUCAGGAUGGAUGAACAUUGUUUUUAUGUCCUAGACCUUAUUUCAAUUGUCAGAAAAACCCAUUGCAGUCAGUUCAUCAAGAGAAGCGUUUGACGGCUAGGAGCUUCAUGUUCCCGUCUCUUUGGAUCAAACUACCGCGUGCUGUCUGCCUCUGGGGUCGGUGUGCAUCCAGCCAGGCCUCAUCAGCUUUGGUUUUAGCCUGCUAUUGACUAAAAGCUCAAAGAACGCCACAGUAUAAAACAACAUGACGGCUCAGCUUCAAAUGGAGCCUGUUCACGUUAAACUUAGAAAAGGUCAAAGUUCAUAUAUGGUUUCCCACCAUCCUUCUGUGCUCGUGUACAGCAUCGCUCCACCGCCUCUCUUCAACCUGCGUGUGUGAUUACGAGCGUUCGUCUCCUCCAAGAUGCAGAACGAACCGUCGACGCCGAGGGACACGCCAGUGUUAAGCUACUGUAAACUCCAAAGCUAACUUUGACGCCCGUAUAUUAGAAUUUUCACCGUUUAACUGAUUUUUUCAAAGAAUAUUUUUAUUAUUUAAUUGUUUGCAAAGCUUCAAUGAGAGCAUAAGCUUCAGAUGUGGGUCCGCGUCACAAGGUUGGCGUCUUUAGGUUGAUCUUGAUCUUUUACCCUUUGCUACAGCAACGUAUCCUGCAACCCCUGCAUCUUUCUAUGAAACCAUCUGUAGCUGGCAGCCAGACUCACUAUGUACUCGGCCUCAUACGCACCUGGACCAAAUCAGUUUCUUUUUGUUGCGGUGAGUGGUGUAGGAUGACAAUAAGUCUGCCUUCUCUGCUCGUUAUUCGUUAACAGAUAAAUAAAGUGGGGAUAUGGACUGAUUCAGUGGGAUAAGCUGUGAGGUGCCCCUGCAUCUGUGUGUAGCAUUUGUGUACGUGUGUUCUAAUUACUGUGAUUUGACGUUGACCUCAGCCGUUUUGUGUCAUUCGUUCGUCCCUCCCCGGUGUCUAAUUAUUCCGCUAUUCUGACAGACCACCUUCCACCCCACCACCACCACCACUCCCCUUUUCCAAACUAGCUACCUCCUGUGACCAUACAGCGAACCACCAGGAGAGCUUGACCUGGACAUUAAAAGCUGGGCUGGGAGCAGACACGGAAGUGCACGUUCAAAAGCCACCGCAUCUGUUGAAAGGAGCUGCCGUUAGCGAUGAUAGGGAGGCCCGACCGCAAACGUAGGUCACGUCCUGUCACUGUGGGGAUUUACUACACAUACAGUAAAACGCUUAUUACCAAACCGAAACAUCGACUCCACCAUGACAAAAACCAAUAAAGCGCAGACCAAAGUACUCCUGCAUCGCCGUAGUAGGCUGUGACAUGUGUGUAUUGACUGUAGGCUAGAGCUCCACUACACAAGCUAACCAAAGUGUAGGGAACACACACACACACACACACACACACACACACACACACACACACACACACUGAGCACACACUGAGCACAAAACUGAGGAGCAUGCUCAGUGAGCCUCUAAUAUGUGGAAUUGUUAUUCAAGCAAUCAAAGCGCUUGUUGUCUCCAUGUCGUACAGUGCUUCUGCAGCUCCUUCGUCAAAGCCUACAGAUUGCGUGUUCUGCAGUCACAAAGCCUCGCAGAGACUAAACCAAUGCCUGGUAUGUUUGUAUGUGUGUUUGUGUGAACGGCGGUGUGCGUCCGUGUUUUGUAAAAAGAAAGAAAAACAACAAAAAAAAACGAUGCUUUUUCUUUGUGCGUCUGUACGAACUACUUGAAACCUCCAGAGCUUUAAUGAACCAUCCCUGACAGACUACAGAGCGCUUCACGACGUGUGUCAGCGGCUUUGGGCCGUGAACCGCCGGCGUUCCGUUCCGUCUCCGUAUCAACGCGACGCGGCAGUGGUAGUUCCAUUCAACCCACAAGCACUUUGCGUGUGCCUCCGUGUCUGCGACCAAGCCUUGGGUGAAGCACACGACGAGCCCCACAGACCCCACAGACCCCACAGGGGUGACCAAAAUGCAGCCACAUCACACUUUUAGAUCCAUGUCCCAGCGUUGAAAAGGUUAACGAGGUUCACUGUGAGGCUACAGUCCACUAAAAGCUGACGGAAAUGUCUUUUUCCCUCCUAAUUUUCCCAGACAGCAACAAUAGGGUGUUGUAUAUUUAGCUGUGAAGGUAUUACAGAUGGCAAACGCAUAAGGGCUCUGCUGUUAUUGAAAGGGUCUUUGAACACUUGACAUUGGCCAUUUGUCUGUUGGUUUAAAUAUGUACAUGAAAAUGGGAAAAAACGCAUGCUCCGAAAAGACAAAUAUUAGCAGGUUGGCACCCCCCCUAUACCGUAACUCUAGCAACUCUAGCAGUGGAGAGGCUCAGCUGGUGUGAUGGCGACAUGUCCUUCCUGUGAAACAGGCACUGAUGAAAAGCUACAGUAAGAAAGUGGCAAAUGGUGGAUUCAGCACUUGUUUUCCCAAAAGCCGUGGCUCAGGAUGGUUUUGUUUUUAUCUUUGCAGAAAUUGAAAAAAAAAGGUUUAUGGUUUUCUAUGUGUAGGGAAGCAUUCUAUACUGUAUUGUGCAAUACAUUAUUACAGAAAAAACACGUUUCUGUAGGAAAGGUUGGCGCUUUGAGGAUCUUUCUUCCUUUUGUUCGAUUUCCCUCCUCAGAAGGUCCCGUUGCCAUUUUUUUAGAUGAAGUAAACUGUGCCAGAAGAAUGAAAUUCUGAUUUGUAUUUAUUUCUUGCAUGCUUUCCUCCCUGUUGCUAAUACCACUCUUUAACUGUUCGCUCUGUUGGAUGUGUGAAGCUGUAAAACAUUCUAAUUCAGGUUAUUGUCUGUGUUGAACAAUGUAACUGUGUAAUUAAAACAUGAAAUGACAUAUUCA